AUGGUCAUGAAACCUGAAGUUGAGCAGGAAUUGGCUCACGUUCUGUUGACGGAACUGUUGGCGUACCAGUUUGCGUCGCCCGUGAGAUGGAUUGAAACGCAAGAUGUGUUUUUGAAAGACUUCAACACCGAAAGAGUGGUUGAAAUUGGUCCUUCGCCUACCCUUGCUGGUAUGGCUCAAAGAACCAUCAAAAACAAAUAUGAGUCCUACGACGCAGCAUUGUCUUUGCAAAGAGACGUUUUGUGCUACUCAAAGGACGCCAGAGAGAUCUACUAUACCCCAGACCCAGCAGAUCUCGCUGCUAAAGAAGAGGCUACCGGAUCUGCCGGAGAUGCAGGUGCCGCUGCUGCCGCACCCGCAGCCGCCGCUGCCGCGGCUCCUGCUGCUGCUGCUGCCGCAGCAGCACCAGUGGCUGCCCCUAGCGGUCCUGUUGCCGAGAUUCCCGAUGAGCCCGUCAAAGCCAGCCUUCUAUUGCACGUUCUCGUCGCCCACAAGCUUAAGAAGGGUACUGAGCAAAUCCCUCUUGCCAAGACAAUUAAGGACUUGGUCGGAGGUAAGUCCACCGUCCAGAAUGAAAUUUUGGGUGAUCUAGGAAAGGAGUUUGGCUCCACACCGGAAAAACCAGAAGAAACACCUUUGGAGGAGUUGGCUGAGUCUUUCCAGGACACCUUCAAUGGCCAAUUGGGUAAGCAAUCGACAUCGUUGAUCAAUAGACUUAUGUCUUCCAAAAUGCCUGGUGGUUUCACUAUCACCACAGCCAGAAAGUACUUGCAAACUCGUUGGGGUUUGGCUUCCGGCAGACAGGACUCUGUCUUGUUGAUCGCUUUGUCUCAGGAACCAGCCUCUCGUUUGGGUUCCGAAGGUGAUGCCAAGCAGUUUUUGGAUGCUUCAGCCCAAAAAUACGCCGCGAUGAGCGGUCUCGACUUGUCUGCUGCCACAGCGUCUGCCGCAGGCGGUGCUGCCGGCGGAGCCGGCGGAGCUACUAUUGAUGCCGCAGCAUUCGAAGAACUGACCAAGGACCAAAAGGUCUUGGCUCGUCAACAGUUGGAAGUGUUGGCUCGUUACUUGAAGAUGGACUUGAACAGUGGCGAAAAGAAGUACCUACAAGAAAAGACCACCACAGAACAAUUGCAAGCGCAAUUGGAUUUCUUGACCAACGAAUUGGGCGACUAUUUCGUUCAAGGCAUUUCGACUUCCUUUUCUAGAAAGAAGGCAAGAACUUUCGACUCUUCUUGGAAUUGGGCCAAACAAUCUCUUCUUUCGUUGUACUUCGAAAUUAUUCAUGGCGUGUUGAAGAACGUUGACCGUGAGCUGGUGGCCGAGGCCAUCAACAUCAUGAACAGAUCUAACGAAACUCUAAUCAAGUUUAUGGAAUAUCACAUCUCUCAAACUAAGGUCGACGAGGGCGAUAACUACAAGCUUGCAAAGACCUUGGGUGAGCAGUUGAUUGAAAACUGUAAGCAGGUUCUUGAUUUGGAUCCUGUUUACAAGGAUGUCACCAAACCAACUGCUCCUCAGACCAUCGUUGACAAGAAUGGUAACAUUAACUACGACGAGGUUCCAAGACCAGCUGUCAGAAAGCUAUCUCAAUACGUUGAAGAGAUGGCCCUCGGUGGUGCCUUGACCAAGGUGAAGCAGCCAACGCUACAAGAUGACUUGACCCGUGUUUACAAGACCAUCAACGCUCAGGCGGCCGAACAUAACAUUUCUGACUCGACCAAAAUCCAGUUCGAAAAAUUAUACGGCGAGCUGUUGAAGUUCCUAGAAACUUCGAACGAAAUCGACUCGUCUGCUUCGACAAGACUUGCUGGCGUUGUCGACGACGCUUUGGACAAGGAUGCCACCAAAGAAGUGGCAUCUUUGCCAAACAAAUCGGAAUUGGCUAAGCAUGUGUCUUCUACCAUUCCAAGAGAAACUGUGCCAUUCUUGCACUUGAAGAAGAAGUUGGCUAGUGGCGACUGGGUUUACGACCGUCAAUUGUCUUCUCUAUUCUUGAAUGGUCUGGAGAGUGCUGCUAUCAACGGUGUGACUUUCAAAGGAAAGUACGUUUUGAUCACUGGUGCUGGUGAAGGUUCUAUCGGUGCUGAGGUGCUGCAAGGGUUGAUUCAAGGUGGUGCCAAGGUAAUUGUCACCACCUCUCGUUUCUCCAAGAAGGUAACCGACUACUACCAAAGCCUCUACGCCAAGUACGGUGCCAAGGGUUCCACUUUGGUCGUUGUGCCUUUUAACCAAGGUUCGAAGCAGGACGUUGAAGAGUUGAUUAGCUUCAUUUAUGAUGAGGAAAAGAAUGGCGGUCUCGGGUGGGAUCUAGAUGCCAUUAUUCCAUUUGCUGCUAUCCCAGAAAAUGGUAUUGAGCUAGAGAACAUCGAUUCUAAAUCAGAGUUCGCCCAUAGAAUUAUGCUCACCAACAUUUUGAGAAUGUUGGGUAAUGUUAAGAAGCAGAAGUCUGCCCAAGGAAUUGAGACUAGACCAGCCCAGGUUAUCCUUCCAAUGUCACCAAACCAUGGUACCUUCGGUGGUGACGGUAUGUACGCCGAAUCGAAGUUGUCUUUGGAGACUCUAUUCAACAGAUGGCACUCGGAAUCUUGGUCCAACCAAUUGACUAUCUGUGGUGCAAUUAUUGGAUGGACCAGAGGUACUGGUUUGAUGUCUGCAAACAACAUUAUUGCUGAAGGUAUUGAGAAGCUAGGUGUUCGCACUUUCUCCCAGAGAGAAAUGGCUUUCAAUUUGCUAGGUCUUUUGACCCCAGAGGUUGUUCAACUAUGUCAGACCUCCCCGGUUAUGGCGGAUUUGAACGGUGGUUUCCAAUUCUUGCCUGACUUGAAGGAGUUCACCGCGAAAUUGCGUAAGGAAUUGACCGAGACCUCGGAAGUCAGAAAAGCGGUUUCUAUUGAGACUGCCCUUGACCACAAGAUUGUGAACGGCAGCAACGCUGAUGCUGCCUACUCUAAAGCAGAGGUUCAGCCAAGAGCAAAUAUCCAACUAGACUUCCCUACUUUGAAAUCUUACGAGCAGGUUCAGAAGCUCGCCCCUCAAGAACUUCAAGGUAUGUUGGAUUUGGAAAAGGUCAUCGUUGUCACCGGUUUCUCUGAAGUUGGUCCAUGGGGUUCUGCCAGAACGAGAUGGGAGAUGGAAGCCACUGGUGAGUUCUCCUUGGAAGGUUGCGUUGAAAUGGCUUGGAUCAUGGGCCUCAUCAAAUACCAUAACGGUAACUUGAAGGGCCGUCCAUACACCGGCUGGGUUGACGCCAAAACCAACGAACCCGUUGAAGACAAGGACAUCAAGGCCAAGUAUGAAAGUCACAUUCUAGACCAUGCUGGUAUCAGACUCAUCGAACCAGAGCUGUUCAAUGGAUACGACCCUAAGAAAAAACAGAUGAUCCAAGAAGUUGUUCUUGGCGAAGAUCUCGAACCUUUCGAAGCUUCCAAGGAAACUGCUUUGCAGUUCAAACAUGAACAUGGUGACAAGGCUGACAUUUUCGAAAUUCCAGAAAGUGGUGAGUACACCGUUAAGUUGUUGAAGGGUGCUACCCUUUACAUUCCAAAGGCUCUUAGAUUCGACCGUUUGGUUGCGGGUCAAGUUCCUACCGGUUGGAAUGCCAAGACUUACGGUAUUUCCGACGAUACCAUUUCUCAGGUUGAUCCUAUCACUCUGUUCGUAUUGGUUUCGGUCAUCGAAUGUUUCAUUUCUUCUGGUAUCACUGAUCCCUACGAAAUGUACCAAUACGUUCACGUUUCCGAAGUCGGAAACUGUUCUGGUUCAGGUAUGGGUGGUGUCUCUGCUUUGCGUGGUAUGUUCAAGGAUCGUUACAAGGAUCAACCAGUUCAGAAUGAUAUUUUGCAAGAGUCUUUUAUCAACACGAUGUCUGCUUGGGUUAACAUGUUGUUGAUCUCCUCGUCUGGUCCAAUCAAGACCCCUGUGGGUGCCUGCGCGACCGCCGUCGAAUCCUUGGAUGUUGGUGCGGAAACCAUUCUUUCUGGCAAAGCUAAGAUCUGUAUUGUUGGUGGUUACGAUGACUUCCAAGAAGAAGGUUCUUACGAGUUCGGUAACAUGGGAGCCACUUCAAACUCUUUGGAUGAAUUUGACCAUGGCCGCACGCCAGCCGAGAUGUCGAGACCUACUACCACAAGCCGUAACGGUUUCAUGGAAUCCCAAGGUUCUGGUAUCCAGGUGAUCAUGGGCGCAGACCUUGCCUUGAAGAUGGGUGUUCCAAUUUACGGUGUCUUGGCUUUGACCGCCACCGCCACCGAUAAGAUCGGUAGAUCUGUUCCUGCUCCAGGUAAAGGUAUCUUGACUGCUGCAAGAGAACACCAGGGCAGCUUGAAGUUCCCAUCUCCAUUGUUGAGCAUCAAAUACAGAAGACGUCAACUAGACAGUCGUAUUGCUCAGAUCAAGAACUGGGUUGAGAAUGAACUUGACCUAUUGAAAUAUGAGGCUGAAGCGGUGCCAGAGCAAGACCAAUCUACUUUCUACGCUGAGCGUACUGAAGAGCUACAACGUGAGGCUGAGAGACAGCUAAAGGCUGCUCAAGCUCAAUGGGGUAACGAAUUCUACAAGAGCGACCCACGUAUCGCUCCAUUGAGAGGAGCUUUGGCUACUUUCGGUCUCACGAUCGAUGACUUGGGAGUUGCUUCAUUCCAUGGUACCUCGACUAAGGCCAACGACAAGAAUGAAUCCGCAACGAUCAACAAGAUGAUGGAGCACUUGGGUAGAUCUGAAGGUAACCCAGUUCUUGGUGUUUUCCAGAAGUACUUGACAGGUCACCCUAAGGGUGCUGCUGGUGCCUGGAUGAUGAACGGUGCAUUGCAAAUGUUGAACUCGGGCAUUGUGCCUGGUAACCGUAAUGCGGACAAUGUGGACAAGGUACUAGAGCAGUUUGAGUACAUCUUGUACCCAUCCAGAAGCAUCAAGACAGACGGUAUCAAGGCUGUCUCGGUGACUUCUUUCGGUUUCGGUCAAAAGGGUGGUCUAGCCAUCGCAGUGCACCCAGACUACUUGUAUGCCUCUGUUGACAAGUCGACUUACAAUGCCUACGUUGCCAAGGUUUCUGCCAGAGAACAGGCUGCUCACCAAUACUUCCACAACGGUAUGAUCAACAACUCCUUGUUUGUGGCUAAGGACCAUCCUCCUUACGAAGAUGAGCUUGAACAACCAGUUUACUUGGACCCAUUGGCCCGUGUUAGCGCCAACAAGAAGACCGGUCUCUUGGCUUUUGACGAGAAGAAAUUGAACGCUAAAACCACUUACGUUUCCGACGCCAACUUGAAAACGUCGGAAGUUGUCAGCCAGCUUGCCAAAGCCGCCUCUGCCGAGGGUAAUGUCGGUGUCGGUGUCGACGUUGAGUUGAUCAAAUCUGUCAAUGUGGAAAACGAUACCUUCAUUGAGCGUAACUUCACCGCUGGUGAGAUCGCUUACUGCCAGAAACAGCCAUGUGUCCAGAGUUCUUUUGCUGGCACGUGGUCUGCGAAGGAAGCUGUGUUCAAGUCCCUUGGUGUCAAGUCCCAGGGUGGCGGUGCUGCAUUGAAAGACAUCGAAAUUGUUCGUGCCAACGGUACUGGACCCCAGGUGACUCUUCACGGCGCUGCCUCUUCUGCAGCUGCCUCUGCUGGUGUGAAAAACGUCUCUGUUUCGAUCUCCCAUGACGACUUCCAAGCUGUUGCCGUGGCUUACUCGCAGAAAUAA